UGCCAGCAGAUGUUUAAUUAUUCUGUCGCUCACACCAAAUAAUAAAAGCAUCAUCACUGUACUGGGUAUUCAUUCAAGAGCAAUGUUUGCCUUUUAUGUGUUAUUCAUGUGUUACUCAGGUAGACACUCCCAACAAAGUAAACGGGAAGUGCCUUGAAAUAUUUUAAUUCUAAGUAAGUAUCCUAGUUGCAAUCCUCCCUCCAAGUAUUGGACUAUAACCCAUGUAAUGUCCUGUUAACCCUCACACUGAUCAAGUUUGGUGCCAAAUAUUUUAAUUGGUGAUUAUCAUGAUUUGUGCCCCCAAGGAGCAUCCAGGGACGCUGCAGCCAAGCUCCGAUUGUUAUACUUCACACACGUUUCCCUCAAGCACCUCUUUGUGCCCCAUAGCUCAACUCCCGCAUACACAGCGAGGAAGUUUGCCCACAAUAUCUGUCGCAGGGACGGUUGUGCGGAUUGUAGGCUUUAGCUUUUCAUAGUGCUCCUAUUGUCCCCCGCACUGCAUUCUGGGGCUCCGUGUGACACCUGCCACCCAGUUCAGGUAAACGGGAGGUGGUGAAUACCCGCCGCAUCCGAGCCACUCAGGUCGGAUUUCUGCGCUUGUUUUUUCAAAGGAAGCGACAGUGGGGGUUUCCUCUCUCUCUCUCUCUCCAUCGUUUCUAUGCCUGAGGUAUUGUUGCAUAUCGCCUCUCCGGAGCUAAACGGGACAGUGCUAUGAGGACUCUCCCCAAAAGAAAAACUUGUGAAGUGUACUGCGUCUCCGGGCAUGGACUACCAGGCUGCUCUGCUGCACAGGGAGAGGGGGUGUUGAAGGAGCCCAACCACUCACUGGGCCCCCCCACGGAGCCUGAGGACCAGGCAGAGCAGAAGGUGGAGGGGGUGCAAGCUCCAGUCUGUGGCUUCUGGAGGAGAUGGAUGUUAGGUCUCCUGCCUUUCUUUCCUUUCGCUGCUGCCAUUGCACUGACUCUCCACUUCUUGACAUCUCCGCCCUCCUCAGUGUUCUUCCUCGGCGGCAGUGUGGAGUUCCCAAACAUGAGCUUCUCCUCAGAGUUGACUGACUCCACCUCCCCUCAGUUCCGCCUGCAGGCUCAGGAUUUGAACCAAUAUUUCUCAGAACUUUACGAGUCCUCGGCGUGGAGCUCUUACUACAUGCGCUCAGGAAUUACUGCCUUCAGUGAAGGAGCAGAAGGGCUCAAUGUCUUCUACUGGAGUAAAUUCUUCGCCCCGGACGACGUUGCAGUGGCGAUGGAGAGGUCCGGCCCCGAGAGACUGCAGCGCAGGCUUCCUGGCAGCAACAAGCUGCAGCAGGACAGCCGCAACGAGCAGCGCUAUUACAUGGAGCAAGAUGACGACAUGCUCCACCUGCUGGGUUUGGACCCUGAUGACUAUGAAGAAAGAUCCGACAAGAGUAAGAAUCCGAACAGCAUCCAGAGUGGGAAGUGGCAGCUCGGCUUCCAAGCUAUGUCCUUUGACCUCUAUGCCAAAUAUGGCAACAACCGCACCUUGAGCCUCGUGAGUCCCAAGAAGCCGUACUACCAGUGGCGUCUUCGCGUGCCGUCGGGUCAUGUCGUUCGACUGGUCAUCCUCACCCUGCAUGGUGCCGUGCCGGGAAGCUGCACCACCCACAAGCUCUCGGCCUACGACUUUUUACUUCCAUUACAGAACAAGAUAAUCGCACGGUGGUGUGGGCUGCCUAUUUCGGGUUUGUCGCCUGUCAUGAAGCUGACAUCCUCUGGGAAUGUGAUGUUGGUCACCUUCUCCUUCAGCAGACAGAGGGAUGGAGCGAUCUUCAAAGCUUACUUCCAAGCCAUCCCAAAAGCCGGUUGUGGAGGGUCGAUUUCCUCCUGGAACGGCUCUAUUUCCUCCCCCUACUACCCGUCCUAUUACCCUCCUAACAUAGACUGCACCUGGACACUACGGGCGCCGUUGCCAGGAUACCUGAUCUCUGUGACAAUCGUGACGAUGGACAUCCAGGAUUCCUCGUCAUCAGAUGGUUGUGAGAAAGACUGGCUGAACAUCGGAGGGGUCAAAGUGUGUAAUCCAGUGUCAGACAGCAGCAAAAAGCGAGUGUACUCCUCUCCUCUCUCCCUCCACUUCCAUUCGGACGAAUCUCUCACCCACAAGGGCUUCUACUUGCUCUAUCGCGCCUUCUCUCCAGAGGGCACCUGUCCUCGGCAGUUUCGCUGUGGAGAUGGGCGCUGUAUCCCUUUGAAGAAGGUGUGUGAUGGAGAGAAAGACUGCUCAGGUGGAUGGGACGAGGCUAAAUGCUCAUCCUGCAGGCCAGGUGAGGUGCUGUGUCGGAACGGCCAGUGUAAGCCUCAAAGCAGCCAGUGUGUGAGCCAGAGCACCUGUGCCGACAGCAGUGAAGAGGGGGGCUGUGGAGGUAAAUGCCACCGCAUGUGUUCCAACAAAGUCUGUUUGCCAAAGUCUUCAGUGUGUAACGGUGUUAUCGACUGCAAAGACCGUAGCGAUGAACUCAACUGUACCAGAGCGUACCUUAAAGGCUGCUCCACAUCCUCAUACAAAUGUGCCAACGGAAAGUGUGUAAGUAAGGUUAACCCAGAGUGUGACGGGGUCAAAGACUGCUUUGACAGCUCUGAUGAACUGCGCUGCGGCUGUGGCACCAGGCCCAGGAAGCGCACUAAGAUAGUGGGUGGCUCUGAUGCAGGGGCGGGGUCAUGGCCGUGGCAGGUCAGCCUACAGAUGGAUCGUUACGGACACGUCUGUGGAGCCACGCUGGUCGCCAACCGCUGGCUUAUCUCUGCAGCUCACUGCUUCCAGGACUCAGAUGCAAUUAAGUACUCGGAUGCACGUGCAUGGCGGGCCUACAUGGGAAUGCGGGUGAUGACUCGGGGGAACAACGGAGCAGCCACCAGACCAAUUCGCCGGAUCCUCCUUCACCCGCAGUACGACCAGUUCACCUCCGACUACGACAUCGCCCUUCUUGAGCUCAGUGCUCCUGUCUUCUUUAGUGACUUGGUGCAGCCUGUGUGUGUCCCCGCGCCCUCACACACUUUCACAACAGGGACCAGCUGCUACGUCACAGGCUGGGGGGUCCUCAUGGAGGACGGUGAACUGGCCGCUCGCUUACAAGAGGCCGCAGUGAAAAUCAUCAACAGGAACACUUGUAACAAACUGUAUGACGAGGCCGUCACUCCCAGGAUGCUGUGCGCUGGGAACCUGCAAGGAGGAGUGGAUGCCUGCCAGGGUGACUCCGGAGGCCCGUUGGUGUGUCUGGAGCGAGGCAGGCGGUGGUUCCUGGCGGGGAUUGUGAGCUGGGGUGAGGGCUGUGCGAGGCAGGACCGUCCUGGUGUCUACACACAGGUGGUCAAGUUCACUGACUGGAUCCAUCAGCAGACUAAAGGUCAAGUGUGACUGAAUAUCGCAUGAAAAAAGACAGACUUAACACACAGGGAUGAAGGUUUCAGAACCUGAAUUCAUCUUCACAUUCAGUCUUUUUUUAUGUCCAUGGCAACAGGGCCAGCAGGGGCCUCGUCCCUGCCCCACAGGAUCACAAAAAAUAAUUAAAAUAGUACUGAACCUGUUACUAAAUUGACUUGGUUUUUGAUCGCUACACAUUAAUGUAAGAAUACAGAAUUUGUUUUAAACUAUUCUUUGAGUUUUCCCUGUCUGCACAUUUGUAGACUGAACUGUGGGUCAAUAUUUACUGCUCUACAGUUGCUCUACAAUUGUACGUCUCCUCAAUCAGACGGACAGGUCACGCCAAUAUACGACAACCAGACAGAUUAUCCUGUGCAUGUAAAUGUAAAUGACUUGCUGUUUUCCCAUCCUCCUUCUUACAUUUUCCAGCUACAUUUUAACUACGGAGAUUGUGGCCAUGUCAGGUGUUGCCAACAAAAAUCCCAACAGUUGAAUGUGGAAAGAGUUCUCCACACACAUGUAACCGUAUAUGUUAUUGCCCUUGUCUACAUCGUCCAUGUACUGUAUAUGUGUGUUCAUGACUGCGUGUUGCUAUUGUACUGUAUAUGUAUGUAUGUAUGUGCAUUUGUAUAUCAUGACAUAGCCUUAUGUUCAAUAUAUUCUGUAAUUGUAGAGAAGUGAAUAAUCCCUCUAUAGGAUGUGAUAAUAUAUUUUGCAUUUCAGUUUUACUGUGAUUUAAUUUAUCUCUAUGGUGCCUCCUUUGUACUCUAUGCUACAUAAAAAGCAUGAUCACAGCUCCCCUUAAAGACAUGAUGCAAUUGAUGCUGGCGUAAGGAGCAAAUGAGAUUAUUAGGAGAGCAGAUAUACCAAUAUGUUCUAUGCAGACACUCUCCUGCGGCCAACGCUCAUUCAGCUCGCAUCGCCACCUUGUGGCCAAUCUGCACCAUUGUUUGUUUUAUGUGCUGGCAGAAUGAAUCACCUUACAUGCCAAAGGAUUUUAAAAACAUGUAGUUUGAA